AGUUAAUACAUUUUAUUUAUUUAGUUAACCAGACAGGAGUGGUAUUAAUCUUCUCAUCUAACUCUUGCCAAAAAAUGCAAAAGUGACAAACUAUUCCUUUAACAUUCCCGUUUAGCCUAAUUAUUAGCAUUUCAUUCUGGAGUCUGAAGGUCCAAAGAAAAGAAAGCAGCCAGUGGAAACCCUCCGUUAUCUUGUCUUGAGAAGGCUCUUUGUGGGGAAACCACUCAAAAAGAAAGUCAAAUGGAAACCGACAUAAAGCUGCACGGUGACCUCGGCAAAGGUCAUGAGGUCAUCCUGUGAUGUAGCUGUGUCACGCUUUCUUAACUCCCGGCCUUUAACAGGAGCAGCUGAUGUUGGAGCGGCCUCAGGCACCUGACUGUCUCUGUUGUUUUUAACUGUAGGUCUUCUGCUCCUCCCUCUCCCUCACUCCCCCCUUCCUCCCUCCACUGUUCCUGCUCUUUGUAGGAGUGACCUUUGCAGAGGCAGACUGACGGCUCCGGCGCUCACGCUCUCGUGGCAUCCUCGUGUGGAAGGAGCUGGACUAUGGCACCAUGGCGGAGAGUGAAAAGCAGAUGUUGGUGUCGGAGGUGAACCUCCUGAGGGAGCUCAAGCACCCAAACAUAGUUCGGUACUACGACCGCAUCAUCGACCGGACCAAUGCAACGUUAUACAUUGUUAUGGAGCACUGUGAAGGUGGGGACCUGUCCAGUCUCAUCACCCGGUGUAUCAAGGAAAGGCGUUAUUUGGAUGAGAACUUUGUCCUGCGCGUCACGGCACAGCUCAUGUUGGCCCUGAAGGAGUGCCACAGACGCAGUGAUGGCAGAGCAACGGUUCUUCAUCGAGACCUGAAACCAGCCAACAUCUUCCUCGACAUCAAACAGAAUGUGAAGCUCGGGGAUUUUGGCCUCGCAAGAAUCCUGAAUCAUGACACCAGUUUUGCAAAGACAUUUGUCGGAACACCUUACUACAUGUCUCCAGAACAAAUAGAUCGUAUGUCAUACAACGAAAAAUCUGAUAUUUGGUCACUGGGAUGUUUGCUGUAUGAACUUUGUGCUUUAUCCCCUCCGUUUACUGCUCACAACCAAAAAGAGCUGGCAGAGAAGAUCAGAGAGGGCAAGUUCAGGAGGAUCCCAUUCCGAUAUUCUGAGGAACUGAACACCUUACUCUGCAAAAUGCUCAACCUGAAGGACUAUUUGAGGCCCUCUGUGGAGUCUAUUCUGCAGAGCAGCCUGUUGGCUUCUGCAGUUGCUGAGGAGGAGAGGAGGGCACAAGUGCGGCUCCGGAGGAGGUCGAUAGACUCUGACUGUCCCCUUAACAGGCCGGCUGCACCGCUGCCCGCUGCUGCUGCACCGAUUCCUACCGCUGCUGCACCGCUGCCCACCGCUGCUGCACCGCUGCCCACCGCUGCUGCACCGCUGCCCACCGCUGCUGCACCGAUGCCCACCGCUGCUGCAGAGCUCAAACUCAGAGAACGAGCACUGCGAGACCGAGAAAAGGCACUGAAGGAACGUGAGGAGAGGCUGGAGAAGAGAGAGCAGGAGCUUUGUGGACGUGAACGACUGUCAAAUGAGAGGCUUGCCAGGGCAGAGAGCUUGCUGAAUAAUUACCAUCGACAGCAGCAGAGGGAUCUGGCACUCUGCUAUGGCAAAGAUAUAGAUGUGGAGAACCUCUCCCCUGGCAAGAAGAAGGUCCACUUUGCUGGUGAGAGUAAGGAGAACCUGCGGCCUGACAGCCGUCAGAGUGUGGCAUCCCAGGAGCUGAUUAUGAGGAGGUUGCACGCGGCUAAUCUACGAGCUCAAACACUGAAUGAAGUGGAGAAGACCUGCCAGUUCAAGAGCAGGCAGAUACUGGGCAUCCGCUGAGCAUACAUCUCUGUCUGACUUGUGACUGAUCUGUGGAAGAGAGUAGCCAUAAUAACUGGAUCUAAUUUAAGUUUUAUUUAUAAUAAUAUGGUAGUGAAGACAAAUAUUUCAAUCCUGUGUAUGAUAUUACAUGGUUGGUAGUGUCUGAUUAUUUUAUUUUUUUGACAUUGAUGCAGAUGUGUUCCUUUUUGAUAGACGGAACUGAUUGUUUUCCACUUAAAUAUAAUAGAAAAUAUAAAAAUGAUUAGACAAGAGUGCUGAACCUUUGAGAAUGAACUCUGCUGAAAGAAUGAUUGAAACUUG